AUGUCGUUCUGUGCUCAUGGAGUUAAUGGUAGAAACGAAUACACUCAAUUCGACAGAGUACAACAACGGGUGAAGUUUUCGGAGCAUGUUCUCAGAACGACGAAGCUCCUCAGUCGAUCGGGAACGGAGAAUUCCGAUAAAAAACCAUUGCAGAGAACGAGAGGACCAAAAUUGGUGAGAAUAAGUUUCACAGAUGUCGACGCCACAGAUUCCUCAAGUGACGAAGAUGGAGGAGAGGAAAUCGUGCGGCGAGUGAGGAAAUACGUACAAGAGAUUGUAAUCGAUGUACCUACUACGAAGAAGAGAAGAAUGCAGUUGAAGGACGGUUAUGAGACUCACCGGAAACGUUUCAGAGGCGUACGGAGGCGGCAAUGGGGCCGUUGGGCGGCGGAAAUAAGAGAUCCGACUCGUCAAAAACGUUUAUGGCUUGGUACGUUUGAUACACCAGAAGAAGCUGCAACUGUUUAUAAUAAUGCCGCCAUUAGAUUGAAAGGUGCAGAUGCCAUUACGAAUUUUCCUGUAAAUUCACAGACGGAAACGGCGGUUGGUCAAGGCGACACUUCUUCUCCCAAGACCAUAAUGAGUCUCGUUUGCUCUUCCUCUCCCACAUCGGUGCUUCGCUAUGAUAGCCCAACAACAGCGCCCUUUGAUUCUGAAACCUAUAAUUUCGGACCUGGUGAUGGUGAUGUUGAUGGUUUCGGUUUUAAUAUCGAAUCACCUGUUCCAGUUGGAGAAAUGGAAUUUGCCAGAAACUGGUUUGGCGAAGAACAAAUUGGUGAGUUCGACAUUGACGAUGCCGAUGAUGAUUUCGCAUUGCAAUCGUCACUCUUCAGAUUAUGA